CUGAUUGGUCUGUAAACCUAAUCAUCUGUUUUGAGGACAUUUAGUCCUAUUCAUCAGGAAAUGACGAGAUGAGAUAAACGCAGUCAAAUCAAAGUUGACCUUUGGAGCUGAAGUGUGGAGCACACUCACAUACUUGGCCAAAGCUUUGACUCACAGGAAUUUAGCACAAACUGACUUGUUCGUCUUUGCUGAACAGAUUGUAGUAGCAUGUGCGAGAGAUCCUAGUGUUUUUGUGAAACAAACAUGUUUCUCCCCUUCUCCUGGAUCCUGGGGACGUCUGAAUGGACACUUUUUAAUUCAAACCCAAUUGACUGUUUUUUUCAAGGCCUUGUGGGUGCAUGUGCAAUAUCAGUGCUGUGCAGUCUGAUGAGAGUUUACUAUUUCCUACAAACAUGCAGUGAGUCUGAAACUGAAAGUAAGCAGAGGUCGUCCUCACCCGUCAAUCCCCUGAGAGGGAACUGGAAGACAGCACUCCAGUUCUGGUCCCUGACACUCGUCCUGUCUCUAGUGGGCUCCAGGGUCUCCUCUAUCAUAGUGCUGGAGUUUUCUCUCAGAGCUGUUUCCUCUUGGGCAUCAGCAGGUCUGGAUGGCAGAGGCCUAUACCUCCUCCUGCUCCAGUGCCAGUUUUCCCUUGGUUGCUGCUUCACCUGUGCUCUGGUCUUCCUCCACCAGGGGGCUCUACACAGCUCCCUCAACUUGUUCCUGGCAGCUUCGAUCAGCUGGGCACUGGCAAGUGUCAGCCACAGUCUGUGGAGCCAUGUGGCCAGACUCUACCCGCUGCAUAGCACAGAGCGUUACUGUGGGAAAUGCAUCACCCUCCUGACCUCAGGACACACCAUACUGACCUCACUGCAGAGAGCGGUUAUCUUGGCCUUUGCUUUUGCAACUGUGGCUUCCUUCUCCACAGUAUAUGACCACUUCCUGUCCCAGAAGGAUUCUCUGAAGUUAUGGACUCCAUUGACACUCUGCUACACCAUGCUGGUUGUCUACAUUCAAGAGGAUCAGAAUCGGCAGACAGGAGCGGAGGCCCUCUGGCACACGGCCGUGCUGCGACUGGGAGCUUUACUGGUGCUCAUGCUGACAGUGGGCGACUGGUCUGACGUCCUGCACGUCCUCAUCUCUUUCCUGGGUGAAGCAGCCUGUCUGCUGCCCUCUCAGGACCUGCUGCAGGCCGUGUCAAGGGAAGAAGAAGAAACAAGCCCGAGAAAACAAGAGCAGAUCUCUGGUCACAAAAAAGUCAAAAGGAAACCAUCAUCAGACGACAGCUGAUAGAUCUACCUGAGAUCUAACUCAUCACUACCUCAAAUAUUAAGAUACACUGAUAUUCAACUUUAUUUAAUAAAACGAUUAUUGUGGCCUCUCUUAAACUGUGCUUCAAAUCACUGCUGCUGUUUUGUUUCUAGUAUUAAUGUGAAGAAUCAACCAAUAGUGAUAUCAGAAGAUUUUAAACAAUCAGAAUCAGAAAUACUUUAUUGAUAACUGCCCUUUGGGAAAUUGAUAAAUAGGAGCUUAAGCAGAUAUGAAUAAUCAAAUAUUUACUUUUUGAUUCUUAGAGAAACACUUCCUUUAUGAUUAAUGUUAAAAAAUGCUGAUGCCUAGCAGAGGGAUUGAUCUGUUUCUGCAUUUGCACGUGUGGUGACAUUUUGCAGAGCAUGUGUCGUCAAAUUGAUGAAGUUGUUUUCUAAAUGUGCAGUGUGUUGAGCUGUC